AUGUCGCUCGUUGCCGUUCGACCCGUGGCUGCUCCCUGCCAUGGAGGAGACCCCGAAGCCUGCGAUUUUGUCACCAAACAGUGGUCUAAUUCCACCUGGCGAGCCGCGCAACCUGGCGCAGUGCAGUGGGAAAACUGGGAAGCGUGGCCGGAGCACAAUCAGACCUGCUCUAUUAUGAAUCAUCAGACACCAUGUGGACAGGGAAGGGUUCCUCUAUACUCUGUCGUGGCCGAGUGUGCAUCCCAUAUACAAGAAGCCGUUCGGUUCGCCAAGAAACAUAACAUUCGUCUUGUCAUCAAGAACUCUGGCCAUGACUUUGUUGGUCGCUCGACGGCACCAGAGUCAUUGCAGAUUCUUACCAACAGGAUGAAGGAUAUUCAGUUCAGUGACCAUUUCAAGCCGGCUGGUGCUCCAAAGAAUAUAUCUGAGGGUUCUGCCAUCACAAUCGGGGCCGGCGUCAGUUUGCAGGAGCUGUAUCCUGCAGCUGGGAAGAAAGGCAAGACACUGGUUGCUGGCCUUUCGCACACUGUUGGUGCUGCUGGGGGUUAUAUCCAGGGAGGAGGACAUUCUUUCUUGGGGCCCUGGAAGGGCAUGUCUACUGAUAAUGUACUCGAAUACACUGUCGUGACUGCUAAUGGCACCCUAGUUAUCGCGAACAACUAUCAGAACACCGACCUCUUCUGGGCUCUGCGCGGCGGAGGGGGCGGCACCUUUGGUGUAGUUGUGACAGUCACCCUGCGCACCUUCGACGAGGUUCCAGUCGUCUUUGGCAGUCUCAAUGUCAGUACUAUAGCCGGUGAUCCCAAUUUCUGGCAGGUCAUGACGGACUUCCACGCUGCUUUACCUGCCAUCAACGACGGCGCUGCUGGGUACUAUUGGAUGACACCCAACGUACCAGUGAACAAGACAAUGAACGUUUCGUCAUUUUCCAUUAUACUGAUAGCUGCGAACCAAGCCAGCACUUCGAUGAUGGAUCGUCUCACUGCGCCAUUCAGGUCAAAGCUGAAUGCAACCUCCGGCGUCUACACGCAAUAUGCGUCCCUGGCCUUUCCCAACAUUCAUACUCUGCUCUCGGAACUCCUUCUUCUCGGAGGUGAAGACCCAACGGGGGAUAAUACUAUCUUAGGCUCGAGAUUAUUCUCCCGCGAUCUGCUUGUUUCGCGCGACGGCCCAAAGAAACUAGUCUCCGCCCUGAAGAAGCUCAAGUUCGGCCCUGGGGAAAGUAUCAUCGGGCACAUCGUCGCCGGGGGCCCCGUCGCCAAGAACGGACGGACUAUCGACAGCGCUUUGAAUCCGGCCUGGAGGAAAGCUGCCACCCAUAUCGUUGUUGCUCGCGGCUGGCCGUCAUCUGCCACCCUCGCUCAACGGGAUGCUAUUAUUCGCCGUCUGACUGAUGUUGAGAUGCCGAUCCUCAAGGCUGUUGAGGGAACGAAGAUGGGAUCCUAUAUGAAUGAGGCAAAUGCGUACGAGCCAGAUUUCCAGACUGAGUUCUGGGGAAGCAAUUACCCGCGUCUGUACCGGAUCAAGCAGAAAUGGGAUCCCACUGGUCUUUUCAUUGCUCGCAAGGGAGUGGGAAGUGAGGACUGGGAUGAUGCCGGACUGUGCCGGGUUCAUAGGAGGAAUUAA